AUGGUAAAAGUUUGUGUGGUUGGUUGUUUGCAUGGAGAGUUAGACUGUGUGUACGCCGACAUUGCAGAAGCCGAACAACAGGGUCAGUUUAAAACUGACCUAGUUUUAUGCUGUGGUGAUUUUCAAGCUGUUCGCAAUCCCAGUGAUUUAACCACAAUGAGCGUUCCUUCCAAGUAUUACCGCAUGGGUGAUUUUUGGAGGUAUUAUGCUGAAGAAAGUAGAGCUCCUGUCUUGACAUUAUUUGUUGGAGGUAAUCAUGAAGCAUCUGGUUAUCUUCAAGAGUUACCAUAUGGUGGUUGGGUUGCUCCAAACAUCUGGUAUAUGGGUUAUGCUAGUGUUGUCCAAUUUGCUGGAUUACGUAUUGCUGGUUUAUCAGGUAUAUACAAGCAACAUGAUUAUGCCAUGUGUCAUUAUGAACAUCCACCAUACUCAGAAGCAACAAAACGUUCUGUAUAUCAUUUAAGAAACUUAGAAGUUUUCCGACUUGGACAAAUUCGCCGACGUUUAGAUAUAGUGAUGAGUCAUGAUUGGCCUCGAGGGAUAUAUCAUUACGGAAAUUUAAAUCAAUUAACCAGAAGGAAACCUCAUUUUCGUAAUGAAAUCGAGUCAGAUUCAUUAGGCAGUCCACCCGGUGAACAGUUGUUAUGUCGUUUAAAGCCACGAUAUUGGUUUGCAGCUCAUUUGCAUUGUAAAUUUUCAGCGCUUGUUGGACAUUCAGACUCUAAAACUAAUAAAUCACGCAUCACUCACUUUCUAGCUCUUGAUAAGUGUUUACCGAAUCGUCACUAUUUACAAUUCUUAGAUAUUGAACCUGAACUGAAGUAUGAUGAAAGUUCAAUUAAUUCCGAUUCUAAUUUAUCCUUAUCUCCACAACUUGGAGAUGAUCCACUAAUUGUCAGUCUUUCUAAAUUAAAAUCAAACGUCAACGAUUCAGAAAAAGACUUAAAAUUGAAGGAGCCUAAUAACAAUGCUAGUUCAAACGAUGAAAUAAAUACCAACUUAUAUCUUGAUCCCGAAUGGUUAUCUAUUUUGAGGUCAACAAAUCAUUUAAUGUCUACUAGCAAAGUCCCCUGUAUUCUUCCAGAAAAAGAAACAAGCGAACGCUGUGAUUUUUCCGCUACUGAUGAUGAAAUUCAGGCUUUGUAUGACCCUUUUGGUGGAGAUUUUCAAGUUCCUGACAACUUCGAACGUACUGCUGCAAUUCACAAACCGAAUGAAACUGAUCAUAUGAAUACAAAGACUACGUCUACGCCAAUUAGUUUGGUUCAACAAGCAAAUGCUUUAAGUAAAGAACAACAACUUUUUUCAAAUCCACAAACAGAACUUAUUUGUGCUAUGCUUGAUUUAAUAAACCCUAAUGCACUCUUUCUUGGCAAACAAUCAUACAGUUUGCUAGAAUUAUCAGCACAGUUACAAUCUAAGAAGGAUGAAGAGGAGGAUGACGAUGAGGUUGAGGAAAAUCCAGAAGAAAAUAUUUGUGAAGAUGAUGUGAAAAAUGACGAAAAUCAACUUGGUGUUAAUGAAUAUCCAUUAGAUGUAAACACUAGCUGGAUCACUUCAGACUCAUUCGUCAAAGAGAGUUUUACAGAGUAUGAUCCGAUGAAUAGCACUUUUGUAUCAAAUACUAACCAAUCUAGUCAUAAUCCACUUAGCAAUACAAAUCUUUAUGAUAGUGUUGUAAGUCAAAAUCCUGAAGAAUUGGUAUUAGAUGAUAUUGAAGAUAAUGAUGAUGAAUUUCCCAAUGAGUCUCACUCUUUAAAUGUCUCUCAAUACAACGCUAGUUAUUCUCAGUUCACAGAUUUAAAUAAAUCAGAGCAAGUGUACAUUCCGCAACUUUUGCCUGAUUCCUAA